CGAGCAUGCGCGAUGGCGCCCGACGUAGCCUUUAUAUAGGGGCGGGGGGGCGGCGGUGCCGCCGCAUUGCAGACGGGAGCGGGGAUGAUGGCGCGGCAGCUCCUCUGUCUCCUCGGGCUCCUGGCGGCCGCUGUGGCAAGCCCUGUUUUGUGGCAGAAGGACUGCGUGAAGGGUCCGGAGGUAUGGUGUCAGAGUCUUCGGACAGCAUCGCAGUGCGGAGCGGUGAAACACUGCCAGCAGAAUGUCUGGAACAAGCCUACUGUAAACAGUAUCCCCUGUGACUUGUGUAAGGAACUUGUGACAGUGGCUGGCAAGGUUUUGAAGGAUAAUGGCACCGAGGAUGAGAUCCGCUCUUACUUGGAAAAGACAUGCGAGUUUCUUCCUGACCAAGGCCUGGUCUCUGAGUGCAAAGAAAUUGUGGAUUCCUACCUACCAGUUAUCAUGGAUAUGAUCAAAGAAGAACUAGAUAAACCUGAAGUUGUAUGUAGUGCCCUCGCACUGUGCCAGUCCCUUCAGAAGCACCUUGCAGCAGUGAAACUUCAGAAACAACUCCAGACCAAUAAGAUACCGGAGCUGGACUUCUCUGAGCUGGCAUCCCCAUUCAUGGCUAACGUGCCUCUUCUCCUUUACCCUCAGGACAAACCCAAGCAGAAGUCUAAGGGAAGUGGGGAUGUAUGCCAAGACUGCAUUCAGCUGGUUACUGAUGUGCAGGAAGCUGUGAGGACAAACUCAUCUUUUGUAAAGUCUUUGGUUGCUCAUGCCAAGGAGGAGUGUGACCGUUUGGGACCUGGAAUGUCUGACAUAUGCAAGAACUAUAUCUCUGAAUAUUCUGACUUGGCUAUCCAAAUGAUGAUGCACAUGGUAAGAUCACAACCAAAGGACAUUUGUGCCAUGGUUGGGUUCUGUCCUUCCGUGAAAUCUGUUCCCCUUCAGACUUUGGUGCCAGCUCAAGUGGUUCAUGAAGUGAAAAUGGAAACGGUGGAGAAAACCUCAGUUCAAGAGAAAACUUUUUCCGUGUGUGAAAUAUGUGAGACUAUGGUGAAAGAAGUGACUAGCCUCUUGGAGAGCAACAAGACAGAGGAGGAGAUUGUACAUGAAAUGGAGGUCAUCUGCUACCUGUUCCCAGCAAGUGUCAAAGACCAGUGUAAGGACUUCAUAGAUGUCUACGGCCAAGCUUUGAUCGACAUGCUCUUGGAGGCAACGAAUCCGGAAGCUGUGUGUGUUAUGCUGAAAUGCUGUGCAGCCAACAAGCCUCCGCAGCAGCCAGUUUUAGUGAAACCUGCAGGUGGCUUCUGUGAUAUCUGCAAGAUGGUGGUAGCUUAUGCAGACAAAGAACUAGAGAAGAAUGCCACGACAGCUGAAAUCGAAGCUUUACUGGAAAAAGUCUGUCACUUCCUGCCGGAGUCUGUCAGUGAUCAGUGUGUUCAGUUUGUGGAACAGUAUGAACCCAUUGUUGUGCAACUCUUGGCAGAGGUGAUGGAUCCCACUUUUGUUUGCACUAAACUCGGAGUCUGUGGAUCAGCUAAACAGCCUCUCCUGGGGGAUGAUGCUUGUGUCUGGGGUCCAGGUUACUGGUGUAAGAACAUGGAGACUGCUGCUCAGUGCAACGUAUGUAAAGCAGGAUUCUGCCUCAAGUUUUCUGUUGGUCUUCAAUAGCUCCUUAUAAACUACUUUUCUGGCUUCUGUACCACGCUUUCAAGUGGAUGAAUUCCAGUUUCAGGAAGCAAAACGGUUCUAGAUAGAGGUGGUUAGGUUUGAUUAGAGGGUCUUCCAUAGCCCGUGGCUUCCUAAAAGCAGAUUGUUUCCUCUCCCCUUCAUUCUAUCCUAUCCCCCACCUGUCUGUUAGCAUUUCAAAAUCUAUAGCAAGGUACAAUGUGAGCUCUAUAUUUAGUCUGUGCUCCCACAGCCAACAGACCAUGUCACGACCUCUCACAAGCUCUAAAAAUUGGCUUCCAGUAUUGCUGUGGGCUGAUGCUUUCUUUGCCAGGCCUCAAUGGCUAAGGGUCAUCAGCAUUCUUUCCUGAAGCUUCUGGGUGUGGACAAGGAUAUUAUUUAUUCUAGUCCUCUUUGGAAUCACUUAUUCUAAGAAAAACAGAUUUGCUCCCAAGAUCUUGGCUCAGAAGAAGGCAUUGACUUGUAUGUGUAGAUGCAUGCUUGUUUGCAAACAGCCUUUUUUCCCACUAAUGUAUGGUAUUUCUUUCCCUUUAGGCUGUUGAUCACUGCAAACGUCAUGUGUGGAACUAGAAGAAGAAUUUUCAGUUCUGAAAGCUUGCCAUGGCUCUUAAAAAUGUGGGCCGAGGUUGGCAGAGAGCUGUAUCUCAAAUGUCCCUCCUCUCUGCCUCGUUAACAAUUUGACCUUCAAGUUCCUUUAUUGUAACUCUUCUGUAGCAGUGCUGCUGUUGAAGGAUCAGAUCCUCAUUGUUGACUUAACAAAGAUAUAUCUGAUUGUACAGUUUAACUCAUUAUGCUCCUAAAAAUAGUCAGUGUGUUGUAGAUUUUUAAUUGGUAGACUGAAGUGUUUUCUAGGUGCUGGGAAGAAUGGCAGAGAAGGUGAAAUGAGACAAGGCUUAUUAUCUUUUAAUUUAAAAAAAAGAACAAGAUAGCGACUAAACUUUCAAAUGUCUUUCUGUAGUCAGCAUUGGGAAGAUUACAUGCUUUGCAUUUUUAACAUCUGCCUGGAAUAUUAAUUUUCUGUGUAACCGUAGGGGAACUCUAAGGGAUAAUGUCGAAUGUGGGAAUCCCUUUGGCUGGAAUUUUCAAAGCUCUGCUGAUGCAGAGGAGGGGACGUUGUGUACCCAGCUAACUUUCAAAGUAACUGGUACCUAAAAAGAUGCAUUUGAGUGACCACGCUUUUGCAUUUGAGUGACCACACUUACGGCUCAUGGUGUUUAUCCCUCCCUCGACCUUUGAUCGUGUCCUUUUUAUUUCCUUGGACUACUUGGUCUAAGCAUGGGUGUUCUACUGUCGAGCCCUGUAUGGUGGGAUUUCGGUCUUUUGACGCAUGCUGACGUACUUAAGGAAUGGCUCCUUUUUUUUUUUUUUUUUUUCUCUUGUACUAGUUGCUCAAUUCUGCUUAGUCUUGCAGCUUCCUACAUGCAGCCAGCCGGGUGCCCAGGAGGUGGAGCGAGCUGGGUCAGUAGAAGAUGGAGGGGGGAAGAAGUCAGCAGGGGCCGUGCAUAUAUCAAAGUGAGUUCAGCACAGAGGGCAGAAUGCAUAGAAAAAUGGUUUUUAUUGUAAACUGCCAGUUUGUUCCUUAUUCUGUUUUUUUUUUCCUCCCAUAGCAUAUUUCAGUCAUCUAAAACUUGAGGCACUCACUAUGAGGCUCACAGGCAGUUUGCAUUGCUGCUGCCCAUUCUUACUGACACCCUUCCGAGUAGUUUGAAGUAUAAAUUUUCUGUUGGGAAAUGAGUCCGAGUAGCAAGCGGAGACGGCAGAUGGUAGGAGAAGUGUAGUAGGUACACCUGACAACCUGCCUUUCACGCUGCUGCAGCAUCCCACUGAAAUAGCCUGAACUUUUGAACAAAAAGCCUUUCAAGGCAGGCUGCUACCCUGGAAACAAGUCAGGCCCUUGAGGUGUAGGGGCCUGGAGGAUGAGAAUCAUGCUUAUGUUGAUUGAGGUGGACUUUGCAUCCCCUACCAGCAUUUAGUGUGUUAAUUCUGAUCAAGUUAACCCCCAAAACAGAGCCACCAAAGUAGCUCUGAGGAGACCUUUGGGAAGGAGGAGCUGGGCAGAGGUGGAGCUUUGAAAAUUCCAGUCCUGUUCAGAAAGGUGCCCGCAACUGCUACUGUUCCUGUGGCGUCUUGGGUGAGGCGGGAGCGCUGGUACCAAUGCUUUAGCACCAAGAAGAGUAAUUUUCAUGCAGUUUAAUGAAAAAACCAUUUGACUGCAGCUUUCUUGUUACUGCGUGUACGUACUAAAUGUCUGGGCGGUGUUGGCAGAGAGCAGUGCUGGUUUGUCUUUCCUGUUUGCGUUUGUACAGAAUGCUGAAGGACUCGUGGCUUUGAGGAAAAAAAAAAAAUUCCCCUAAAGAUGUAAAAUACCCGCAGCUUUCUGUCUUGGCAGGCUUGUGCAGUGGUUCCAGCAGUGUAUCCCAGUUGGGGUAGAUAUGCCAGAUAGGAAAUGGGCUCUCUUCAGCGUUGCUGCCCUGGAGGUACGGGUUGUGUUACACUGCGGCAUGGAGUAUUGUAUUUGAUCUUUUAAACUGGAUGGCGUUCUCCUAACGUGAAUUUUUCUGGGGGGAGGUGGGGGUGGAUGGAUACUUGCUCUUACAGGUUGGCAAGGUUUUAACUUUCUUGCGUUUUUAGUAGUGAAGGAUUCGUGCUAGUGACCCAUCGCGCGAGGUGAACCGGGGGAAAUCCUGUGCUAGCGCUGGGAGUCUCUUUAGUUUUCUCCCUUCCUGUGGACCGUGGCACCUGACCCGCUUGAGUUAUGCUGGGGGACACGUGCAGUUGCUUUCUAAAGAACAUUGUCUUGAAUUUUUUUUUUGCACAAAAGCUUCCUUAAUGAACAAUAAAAACCUCUGUAAACAGA